GUAAAUAUUAAAUAUUUUUCAGAGGCUGCACAGUGUCACAAUGACAUGUUCCAGUGUGGUAAUAAUCAAUGUAUCGAUGCAUACUGGGUAUGUGAUGGUGACCGUGAUUGUGAGGAUGGAUCAGAUGAGAGCCCUGAGGAGUGCAAUCACCCGCUCUGCCCAGCAGAUAAAUUCAGGUGUCAGGUGUCUGGCCGUUGUAUUGCUCACUCGUGGGUGUGUGACAUUGAUAAGGAUUGUGGUUCAGAUGAUGACUCUGAUGAACACGCAGCAUGUGGUAAGACAGCAAGCUUUCUCAACCAUGUAUAAAGCAAAAGAUCUUUA